CCUUCCCUGUAAAAAAAAAAAAAAAAAAAGAAAAGAAAAAAAAAGAAAAAAGAGAGAGGGAGGAAAAAAAAAUAGGGAAAAAAAAUAGGGCGAGCGAGCACAAUCUGAUCUGAUCAAGCACUUUCAGCUUCAUCCCUCCUGGGUCACAUACUGCUUCUCUACCAAGGUGAUCAAAGAAGAGAAACAUCUGCAAAAGAGCGGAAGAUACCGAGGGGAUCUCACUUCGUAGAGAUUUUUUUCCCUGAGUUUGUUUGUUUUCCCUUUUUUUUUCUUUUUAUUAUAUUCUUUUUUUCCUUUUUUUUUUUUUUUUUGGAAUCGAUCGUUUAUCACCAUAACCCCCCUUCCUUCCACUUUAAACCAAACCUAACCAGAAACAUCCCCAAACUCGCCGAGCACUUCCCCCCUCCUCUGCAUAACUCCAGCACCGUCUCCCCCUCCUAUCUCAAGUCCUCCGCGCCUUGCUGAGGAGGAGGAGGAGGAAGAGCAGCGGCGGAGCAGCGAGCGCGGAAGAUGGAGGUCUCCACGGACCAGCCGCGGUGGGUGAGCCACCACCACCCGGCCGUGCUCAAUGGGCAGCACCCGGACUCGCACCACCCCACGCUUGGCCAUACCUACAUGGACCCCACGCAGUAUCCUCUCGCCGAGGAAGUGGAUGUACUUUUUAAUAUCGACGGACAAGGCAACCCCGUCCCUCCGUAUUACGGCAACUCCGUGAGAGCCACCGUGCAGAGAUACCCCACGGCCCACCACGGGAGCCAGGUGUGCCGCCCCCCGCUGCUGCACGGCUCGCUGCCCUGGCUGGACGGGAGCAAGGCGCUGAGCAGCCACCACAGCGCUUCCCCCUGGAACCUCAGCCCUUUCUCCAAGACCUCCAUCCAUCACAGCUCACCGGGACCCCUUUCCGUCUACCCACCCGCCUCCUCUUCCACUUUAUCCGCCGGCCACUCCAGCCCGCACCUUUUCACCUUCCCACCGACCCCUCCUAAAGAUGUGUCCCCGGAUCCGUCCAUCUCCACCCCCGGCUCCACCGGCUCCACCCGGCAGGACGAGAAGGAAUGCAUCAAAUACCAGGUGUCCCUGGCCGAUACCAUGAAGCUGGAGUCCUCUCACUCUCGGAGCAGCAUGGCCUCUUUAGGAGGAGCCACCUCCUCCGCUCAUCACCCCAUCACUACCUACCCACCGUAUGUCCCAGAAUAUGGCUCUGGACUUUUCCCCCCCAGUAGCCUCUUAGGAGGAUCGCCUACCGGGUUCGGGUGUAAAUCGCGACCGAAAGCACGGUCAAGCACAGAAGGCAGGGAGUGUGUAAAUUGUGGGGCUACCUCAACCCCUCUGUGGAGAAGAGACGGCACCGGGCACUAUUUGUGUAACGCCUGUGGACUCUAUCACAAAAUGAAUGGGCAGAACCGGCCCCUGAUCAAACCCAAGAGAAGGCUGUCUGCAGCCAGGAGGGCGGGCACGUCCUGUGCGAACUGUCAGACCACCACUACCACCCUGUGGAGGAGAAAUGCCAACGGCGAUCCCGUCUGUAAUGCCUGUGGGCUCUACUACAAGCUGCACAAUAUUAACAGACCCCUGACUAUGAAGAAAGAAGGAAUUCAGACCAGAAACCGAAAAAUGUCUAGCAAAUCCAAAAAGUGCAAAAAAGUCCAUGACAACCUUGAAGACUUUCCCAAGAGCAGCUCCUUUAACCCUGCCGCCCUCUCCAGACACAUGUCCUCCAUCAGCCACAUUUCACCUUUCAGUCACUCCAGCCACAUGCUGACUACACCGACACCGAUGCAUCCUCCAUCCAGCCUCUCCUUCGGACCUCACCAUCCUUCCAGUAUGGUCACUGCCAUGGGUUAGCGAGAGACUCCCCUGCUGAAUGCUUACGGUCUCAAAAUGAGAUUUACUUUAUAUACUUGCAUUUUUGCAGGCGUGUGGUUAUGGGUCUGACGUCCCAAAUCAAAUGGGAGGGGGUAAAAAGAAUAAAAAAAAAAAAUAAAUAAAAACGUUAUUUGAAGGCGUAAGGAGAAAAAAAAAUAAAAAAAACGCAGAAAAAAACUACAAAAAGCACAAAAAAGGAAAAAAAAAGAAAAAAGAGAAAAAAGUAAAAAAAAAGUUUAAAGAAAGUGAUGUUUGCCACUUUUUAAAGGAACUCACUAUGGCGUCUAUGUAUUCUUACCCACUGAAUCUGGAUACCAUUUGUGAAUAAGCCAUUCAGAACUUGCAUUCCCUAUUGGACAGAAUCUCUAGUGCUGUGAAAAAAUAAUAAAAUAAAAUAAAAAACGCUGAACAUUGCAUAUAACUUAUAUUGUAAGAAAUACUGUACAUUUGAGGAAGACUUUAUUGCAUCUGGGGAGCUGUAAAGAAAAAGGCAUGAAGGACUCCAAGAGAUUUUUUUUUUUAAAGGAAAAGGAAAAAAAAAAAGAGGACGGGAGGACAAUUUAAAAACCAGAAAAAUAAACAAUGCAGACCAAGAGGAAACGCGGUCUUACGAACAAAUGGACCAACUGCCAGUCAUGUCUUCUCCUUUUAUUUUAUUUCUAUUUUGGUUUUUUUUGGUUGUUUUUUUUUUCGGUUUCUUUUUCGUUUCCGGGGAGGGGGAGGGGGCUGGCUAGAACGGUUUUGAUGAUGCAUUAACUAACUAACUAAAUAAAUAAAUAACUAAAUAAAUAAAACCUGUAGGGAGAUCAUUCAUUUCGGGCCAUGGGCCUUUUACAUAGGAAGUACCAAUGGUGUCAGGCAAUCAGUGUUAACAUGCAGACAUUGCCAACAAGGGGUUUUCAGAUAGCCAUUCUCCAGGUCUAUAUGCAUUGUGAACAAGUUCCUGUAAUUGUUGUUUGUAUGUAUAAUUCAACGCACCAAAAUAAGAAAGAUGUAGAUUUAUUUCAUCCUAUUAUACAGACUGAAUGGUUGUACAAAUUUAUUUACUGCUAGUGAUAAGACCUGCUUUUUUUGUUUUGUUUUCAUAUUUUUUCCUCCUUUUUUUUUUUUUGAGAAUAAACUAGAUUAAAUUCUGUU